CAUCUUUAUUUUUUUCAUCUAAUAUCAAUCAUGAUUAUUUACCCAUAUCACACACAAAUCACUGUCAUCUUCUGAAUUUUCUACUUCCCUAUAUUUCGUAGCGGCUUUUAAAUGGCCCAAAAAUCGAAACAUAGCAAUUUCGUAGAUGCACCUUCGUUAAAAAUCUGGGUAGAUUCUAUCAGCCACGUUCCUAUCGAGGUCGCCAUCUCCAUAGGAAUCGAACUAACGAGAGGAUAUAUGCAGGUCUCACCUUACUAUUUAUUGAGAGCUAUAAUUAGCGUUAACUCAUCUAAUAACUAGCAGUCUUUUUAUGUUUGAUCGGUGUAGGUGGUGACAGCUUCACAUCUCUUUUUUUUGGAUGACUGGAAAGUGCAAUAAUUACAUGAGUCUACCUGGUUAAGCAAGAGAGGGAGUCAUAAUUUUCCAAAUAGGGAAAACGCACAUUCACAUCGAGGAAGGAACGAAAGGGGACAUAACGGAAAGAGCAAGGGAAAGUUUUUUUUUUUAAAAAAAAAAAGAGGAAGGAAACAAUGGCGGGACACAAAAUGUCAGGUUACGUCGCGAGCCUCCGGCAGGCACUGUUUGCAUCUUUCAUCCAACUCUUCAAUCGUAUCUUUCCAUUUAACUCGACGGCAGAAAAGGCACCGCCUAAAACAGCACAGCAACAGCCAUCAAACCCUUCAAAAGCUUCUACUGCCAAAAAUAAAAACACCGAUUCACCUCUUUUAUCUUCUUCAUCACUUUAUCUUCAUUCUUCACACGAACUUCGUCACAGCUCUCCACAGUCCUUCAUAGACCUUGAACAAGGUAUUCAACCCUCUUUUUCUUCUUAUUUUUCUUCCCUGUCUUCAUCCCAAGACGAAUAUACAAUGGCACCGAACAAGAAACGCGGUGGCCGAAAGCGAGGCGGCUCCAAGAACAACGCCAAUGGCAACGGUAUUGGUGAUGGUAAUUCUUUACCCGACGCGCCUAGUGCUCCCUCCAACGGCCCGUCAAACGCCAUCAGUAAUCAAUUUACGGCCACCCAACCCACUGUACCGUCCCCGGCCUUACAGGGCUCUGGCCCGGCUCGUGCCACCUCUCCAACCAAUCAAGGUGACACCAAAGCCAACUCUUACCAACCCGCCGGUCAACACCCUUCCGGAGCUGGAAUAGGCGAUAACGAUCGUCAAUCUUCGUCCCAACAAUCUAACUAUAGCCGAAUAGAGAAUCUUGCCACUGCUAGAAAUGCAAGUUUCUCUCAACCUCAGUCAUCGGCGUUAGAGCCACUCGUGAUCGAGAAUCAGGCGCAUAUUCAGGGAUCGGCUAACCGCAGCCAUUACGCCAAUACGGCACGCAACCCCACUCCGAACCGACCUGGCAUGGCGGAGAAUAUUCCACCUAGUAGGCUGCCCGAGGGUCCUGACUCCGAGGUUAACUCGCAUAGUAUUCAUAGCUUUCCGAAUGCAGUACAGCCCCCUCGGCCUAGCCAGGCUAUUACCACGCUCCCUGCCAAGACUGUCGUUAUUCCGCGGCCUACUGUUGCGCUACCUCUUACAGAUAAGACCGCUCCCAAGCUCGCUCCUGCAUUGCCAGCUUCUAUUCAUAACCACCUACCUGGUCUGAUCGAACCGAAGACGGAGGCGGAGCGGAUCGAAAGAGAACAUCAUCUAAAAUUUAUGCGGGCAGCACUCGAUAUGGGAAAUUUGGCCCUGAGCACUAACGAGACACCCGUUGGUUGUGUCAUAGUUUAUCAUGGAAGGGUCAUUGCUCGAGGCAUGAACGCCACGAACAAUACCCGCAACGGUACUCGUCACGCCGAGUUUAUGGCUAUAUCGGCCUUGCUUUCCCGUAAAGGGCCGGGCGACGUCGAAGAUGUUGACGGCAACCCAGCCCUCGACGAUGCUUGCUGGGGAGAUAUAGAUCCUUCAGACGGCCACCUCUAUCCCUACGGUCAGAAGCUUCACCCCGCCCCAGUGGUCAGUCGUGAUAUUUUGUCCGAAUGCAUCCUUUACGUAACAGUUGAGCCCUGCGUCAUGUGCGCGUCCCUUCUUCGCCAACUGGGAAUCAACAAGGUUUACUUUGGUGCUGUCAACGACAAGUUUGGAGGAACUGGGGGUGUUUUCAAAAUUCACAUGAACUCCAAGCCAGUGUCGAAGCCAGCAGACCGUCCCUAUCAAAAUGGAUACGGCCCCCAAGAUGUCAGUCGCAUCGCCAAGGGCAGAGUUGGUCUCGCCCCGCGCGACGAGGAUGAUGGGGACGGUGGCAAUGUAGAGCGGGGUUACUCGGUGGAGGGUGGCUAUCUCCGUGACGAUGCUGUUUCUCUACUUCGACGGUUCUAUGUCCAGGAGAAUGGCCGAGCCCCACAACCUCGCAAGAAGGAAGGUAGAGCUGCCCGCCUAUACGCCAUGGAGAACCAGGGCAAGAUCGACGAUAACGCUUCCGAUGGCUCGGACGCUGCGGCGGAUGCUGAAGAGGAUGUCGAGGUCCAAGAGGACUUAUUCGAUGGCGAGGAGAAUAUCGAGGCCGCCUACAGUCCUACGGAAUCCUAAUUCCAGGGCUCCUACUCUCAAAUAUCACUCACGACCUUGAUGAUCACGAUUCACAUACCCUGUACCAUUAUGAUGAUAGAGCUGAUUCUCACGCAUUGCAUGGAAGGCAGUCUUCUCCCGGCGCUAUCGGUUCCUUUUAUUUCUUUGUUAAUCCGGGACCAUCUCGUUGAUACUGGGCUCUUAUUUUUCCAACCAAUGAUGUCAUUGUGAGUACCAGGAUUUCGCGGCCGACAAAAAUAGAAUUAAAAAAUGGUGGGGUUGGGUUCGAGGCCACUGGUUAAUCUUGCCUCCGGAUGAGUGUACCUUAUAGCUAGACGUUUCGACUUACCCGUUCCUCUCAGAUAGUCACGUCCGUUUUCUUCACCGACAAGCCCUCUGCCUCCUAGUGAUGCACGAAUACAUGAUUCAUUGCAAUUUCAGUCUUGUCCCCCUUAUUGACGAAAUCUGACAUUGGUUGUAAGCUAAACAGCGGACGUACUACGAUCUCUCCCUCUCUCAAUAUAGGGCAGUGACUAUCUGCCAUAUCUCGCUGUUAUCCACUAGUAUAUAAGCUAAAGCAAACAACUGGAUUGGAUAGUGCAUGGGCAAUGAGAAUCGCCGGCUUCUAGAUUCGGGGGAUUUAGAUAUCUAGCAACUCAUGAAUCCUAAUCUCAUUCGAA